AAGACGCGAAUCUUUCUCUCCUCUGCAUCUGUUUGCGAAAGAAGAAAAAACGCCAAAGGGGGGGGGGGGUCUGUUUCAUUCAGACUCCAGGAGAUCCGAAAAUGCAUAGGCAGCUGUCAUUAAACACGCGUAAAAGCUCCCCUAACGGAAGUGACUCCUAACUGCACGUCAACACUUGCGGAUUUCUUCAAAGCAUUAGUAAAGGUCCUCGUCUGAUAUAGCGUCUUUCUCAUGAAGUCAGGUGUUACUUAGUAAACCUUGUGUAAUAUAUGGGAAGAUGCAACUUUAGUAUGUUAUGAGAAGACACCUUAUGAACUUCCCCGUGUUUAUCGGAAAUAUUUUGCUUUUUUCCCGCAAGUUGGCAAAUCAGACUGGGAGAUAGGGAAAUGCGAUGGAAAGGUUCGGGUGUCGAGGCGUGUGGGUAUCGGAGUCAGUGGGUGUGAUCGCUUCGCACAUGCCGUGAAGCGCUGGGAAACUGCGUGCCUCUUAUUAACCAGCGGGCGCUUUGCUGCUGCGGCUCGGCUCUUUGACGCUGAAUCCUCUCCCGCACUUACCGGAUAGCUUAGACUCCAUCGAGAAGAGCGUCUUCACGAAACUUUGGAUCCUGCCACUUGCCAAUCACGGGACACCAUGUGAGGAUUCCACAGCGAGCGUCUGGAUGGAGCCAACAUCAGGACAUCUCUUAACUGACAAUUACGUAAAGGACACUGCGGAAAACCAGACUGGGGCUGGAGCACGGAUUCAUCCCGGAUCGCUCAACCUUCAUGUGAACAAUGCACUGUUGGGCAUUUUCCUCGGAACGGUGUCCCUGUUGACAGUAGUCAUGAACGUCCUUGUGCUUUACGCUGUGAAGAAGGAGCGGACGUUGCACACCGUGGGGAACCUGUACAUCGUGAGCCUUUCUGUGGCCGACCUCAUUGUCGGCGCCACUGUCAUGCCACUCAACUUGAUCUACCUGUUGGAGGACAAGUGGAGACUCGGCCACAUAAUCUGCCAGUUCUGGCUGGUCAUGGAUUACGUCGCCAGCACCGCCUCCAUCUUCAGCCUGUUCAUUCUGUGUUUGGACCGGUACCGCUCCGUCCUCCAGCCACUCCAGUACCUGCAGUACCGUACCAGAGGCAGAGCCAUUCUGAUGAUCGCUGGAGCAUGGCUUCUAUCCAUGACUUGGAUUAUCCCCAUUCUGGGUUGGCGGUUCUUCUCUGACUCUAACCCGAAACCAGAGACAGAGAAUAAAUGCGAUACGGACUUCCGCUUCGUCACCUGGUUCAAAGUUUUGACAGCCAUUUUGAAUUUUUAUGUUCCGUCUUUGCUGAUGCUCUGGUUUUACAUAAGGAUCUAUAUGGUGGUAAGGCAACAUUACAAACAGAGGCAAUGCAUUCAGAAACUAAAGGAUUCAAUAAAGAGACACGGGAUUAAACAAAAGCGUAAACUCUCAAGGAAGAGUCUCAAGUUUAACCCCGCCAAAACUGAACAAAGUACCCCACCGGAUUAUUCCAAUGUUGACGAUCUGCUAGAUCAGUAUAGCUUAGGUCAGCCAUGCUAUUCAAAGGACAUGGAUGGUGAUGCUAAGACAGAUGAAGCCUGGUCAGAGAAAAAGAUCAAUAAAUGUUGCUAUCAGACGUCACUAUUUACUGUUCCAAAGCACUUUAAAAAAUCUGUAAAAGAUACAGAAAAACAUGUCCCUUCCUCUUCCUGUCUUGCGGAAGACCAAGGAGCUGAAACACCACUGAGGCUGUCCUCUCUGCCCCUUGGCAUUUUGCAGUCGGACGAUGACAAGGUCCCAAAAAUGUUUGUGUCUGUCAAUGACUGCAACCUGUCGUCUCCAAACUCUGUGUCUGGGGUUUGCGAGAUAACCCACAUGUCUGAUGUGCAGAGGUAUGCUGCCGUCGUUUGCCACGGUGAUUUCCACCACCCUGUGGCCUCUCCCUGGCCUCCGGGGACUGACCUGAAGUUGGACUCGACAAACGUGCAAACCCUGAAGCAGUCAUGGCAGAAGUUCUGCGCCCAGUCGAAACAGUGCAUUCAGAACCUGCGAGCCUACAAGGAACGCAAGGCGGCCAAGCAGCUUGGCUUCAUCAUUGCCGCCUUCCUGGUGUGCUGGAUCCCCUACUUCGUCACUUUCAUGGUGAUGGCCUUCUGCAAGACGUGUGUCCACCAUGACCUCCACAUGUUCACUAUCUGGCUCGGCUACUUCAACUCCACCCUGAACCCAUUCAUCUACCCGCUCUGCAAUGAGAAUUUCAAGCGGGUUUUUAAAAGUUUACUUCACAUGCACUAGUGGAGACCUUCAAAAUGUGCAUUCAUAAUUGAUAUGUUCAUUCCAGGUUCCUGGUGACUUUCUUCCUCAUAAAAUGUAAUUGCUUUGUGUUUUCAAGUGUUCAAUUGUACUCUAAACUGAUAAUAAAUAUGUAUUACAGCGUG